AUGGUUGAUUCAUUGCUCGCUGCAUAUGGUUCUUCUCAAAAUUGCCAAUUGUCUUUUGUGGAUACAGACGAGGAAUUCCAGGCUGGUGUUGUGACUCAACAGGAUGCUUCGCAAAAUGAUUUUGCAACACAGUUAUCUGUUGCAUCGCAAGAUGAUGGAGUGUCUAGAGGAGUUCCAUCAACAACAGUUUUAUCGGAAUCGCAGACUGAACCUGAUUUAAACUUUCAAGAUGACGAUGAAUUUGGUGAUUAUAUUCCUCCGCAUGCUUGCAAAUAUUGCGGGUUAUCAGACCCAUCUUCUGUUGGACAAUGUACUGUCUGUGGCAAAUGGUUUUGUAAUGGUAAAGGUAACACAGCUGGUAGUCAUAUUAUAAACCAUUUGGUUCGUGCACAACAUAAAGAGGUUUCUCUUCACAAGGACGGUCCUCUUGGUGAAACUCAGCUAGAAUGUUAUCAUUGUGGUUCAAGAAAUGUUUUUCUUCUUGGUUUUAUUCCUUCAAAGACAGAUUCAGUGGUUGUAAUACUUUGCCGUCAGCCAUGUGCUCAACAAAAUACUCUUAAAAAUGCAAAUUGGAGUGCUGAAGAUUGGAAGCCUUUAAUUCAUGAACGUCAAGUUCUUUCCUGGCUCAUUAAAAUUCCUUCACAACAGGAACAACUUCGAGCUCGUCAAAUAACUGCCGCACUCAUUAAUCGUCUUGAAGAAUUAUGGAAAGAUAAUCCUGAAGCUACUGUUGAUGAUUUGGAACGUCCAGGAAAAUAUACUAGCGAGGCCGAACAUGUUUUGCUGCGAUAUGAUGAUGCUUCGGUGUAUAAGCGUAUCUUCAAUCCACUAAUAUCAAUGGAAGCGGAAUAUGACAAGAAAAUUAAAGAAUCGAUUAGUUGUCCUGUUGGUCAAGUUAAAUGGGAAGUUAAAUCAGCAACCAAAGUACAUGCAACUUUUCAAUUGCCUGGAUUUCGUGAUGGAAAUAUGAAAUUAAUGAUUGGAGAUGAUCUGCGUUUAAAACAUUACCAAACAUUAGAUGGAAGUGAGUGGAAUUGUAUGGGACGUCUUAUUAAAAUUCCUGACAGUAAGUCUAUUUUUAUUCAAUUUCUCUUUGGUAUGAAAAAUUAACUGACUUGGAGACUGAAUAGAAACAUUGUAGAGAGGACGCAUUCCAUAGCACAACCGACUGUGACACCUUUCUAACC